AAUAACUUUCUAAUGCCAGACAUGAAAGAUUUAUAAUAACAGCUUGACGGUUGUUGCAGGUGAUAAAGACAGCAAGGAUGAGCGAAGCCUAUCCUUACUGAUUAGUGCAAUGCUCAUUCCUAAGUAUAGUGAAGGAGAAAGGAAUGCUUUUUGCUUUCUUCAUACUCGAUGCACACGCAGUAGAAAACUUCCCCGAGAGUGGAAAUGUUUGAUGGCAUACCAUCGGCUAGCAUGGAAUAUUUUGUCUCUAAGCCCCGACGUUAUCCCGGUAGAAGGAUGGCAGGUUCAGCUUAUUGCAUGGAUUUUCGUCUGCUGGCAAUGGAGGGACCUCAUGACAACUCUUAUACAAAAUUGGAAUAAUCUUGGGGUUUUAAGAAAGUGGAAAGUUGUAGAGGAGGAUACGAUUGGGCCUUCGCUGAGAGAGAUUGUUGAACAAUAUAUUGAUGAGAGGUGGACAGCUGACAAGAAGAGCACCAUAAAAAAGAAGGAUGACGCCAUUGACAGUCUCCAUAAGGAUGUGGGUGUUAACUCCAGCAGCAGCACUAAAGAAGUGGAGAAGAAAAGUGACAGCCUCAAGGAGGAUGUGGAUGAUAACUCCGGCAGCAGCACUAAAGAAGUGGAGAAGACAAGUGACAGCCUCGAGGAGGAUGUGGAUGAUAAAUCCGGCAGCAGCACUGAAGAAGUGGAGAAGACAAGUGACAGCUUGCCAGAGGGAAGAAACACGACAACAAUUUUCAGCGUGGAGGACACAGAGGGAGAUGAUUUUCUCAAGGAAGUUCUAAGAAAGGUUUUGAGAGAGCAGGAAGAUAUGAGGGAAGCUCUAAGAAAGAAUUUGAAAGAGCAGGAGGAGAUAAGGGAAGCUCUAAGAAAGAAUUUGAAAGAGCAGGAGGAGAUGAGGGAUAUACUGGAAAUGAUCAAGAAGAAAUCUUUCGAAGAGGAAGAAGACAACAAAGGAAAAAGCUCUCUGCAACAAGGCACAGCAGCUAAGGAGAAUCAGACUAUAAUCAUCAAGAAAUUUUUCAUAAAGGAAGAAGAUAACGAAGGAGAAAGCUCACUGCAACAAUACACAACAGCUGAGGAGAAUCAGAAAACUGAGAUGGCAAAGGAUGAGGAGGAGCGAGAAGAAUGGAGUAAACUGAGAGACACAUUGCGCAGCUUCAAUGUUUCAAUGGAUGGCAUUCAAGCCUUCCAAAAAUUUAGGUUUUAUUGUGAACCUGGAUAUCUUCCAUGGCCAUUGCCCGAACUAGCCUAAACCUCACCAAAUAUUCGUAUACAUUUGGAGUUUAGGCAGGCACUCCUCCGUGGAUUGUGCUCAUUUUAAAUAAAUUGUUUACAUUCUGUAAUUAAACAAUCUACUAACUCUCUCCUGAAGUAAAGUGACUUGUUGGAAUA